UGUUAAUUUUUAAUGACCCGGAUGAAUUUGAGAUAAUCCGUUGACGUCAUCAGUGUACAAAAAUGGCAGAGACGGAGAACGAGGUGGAGGUAUUGGUUCAGAGAGUUGUAAAAGAUAUCAAUAACGCCUUCAAGAGAAACCCGAAUAUUGAUGAGAUAGGUCUGAUCCCGUGUCCAGAGGUCAGGUAUAACCGCAGCCCCAUCGUGCUGGUAGAGAACAAGCUGGGGGUGGAGAGCUGGUGUGUCAAAUACCUGCUACCCUACGUCCACAACAAGCUACUGCUCUACAGGCAGCGCAAACAGUGGCUGGAUAGGGAAGCUCUGGUAGACAUCACCUGCACUCUGCUACUGCUCAACCCAGACUUCACCACUGCUUGGAAUGUCAGGAAGGAACUGCUACAAUGUGGAGCCCUGAGUCCAGAGAGAGACCUGUACCUGGGAAAACUGGCCCUCACCAAGUUCCCCAAGAGCCCUGAGACAUGGAUACACAGACGCUGGAUACUACAGCAGGUGUUACGGGAGUGCUCUUCCCCCGGGCCGGACAGGAAGGAGCAGGGGGACGGUGAUCGGCAUGACGCAGCAGAGAAGACGCGUCUGAGUGAGCACCUCCACAGGGUCCUACACGAAGAGAUGAAGGUGUGUGCCGACGCCGCCGGCCGUUACCCUAGCAACUACAAUGCCUGGUCGCAUCGUAUCUGGGUUCUGCAGAACAUGGCCCCGGGCAACCUCAAGGUCCUCCAUGAUGAGCUCUCCUCUAUGCGUCAGUGGGUCUCCAUGCACGUGUCGGACCACAGUGGCUUCCACUACCGCCAGUUCCUGCUCAAGGCCCUGGUCAGGGAGCUCAGCCAGUCCCUGUCCUCCUCCUCCUCUCCCCAGCACUACCAUCCUCAGCCCAGCUCUAACCCUAGCCACAGCCCCCACAAAGCCAACCCCCACCACCAGGCCAACGGAGAGGCCACAGCAGCAGCCCCCUGCCCCUCUCCCCCCUCCCCAGAGGACCUGGCCUCGGUGCCGGCAUUGCCCCAGCUCUUCCACCAGGAGGUGGAACUAUGUACUGACCUCAUCAAGUCCUUCCCCGGACACGAGACACUCUGGUGUCACAGGCGACACGUCUUCUACCUCUGGCACCACUGGAGGAGGGACCACCACUACGGCCAGGGCUUCGGCAGCGAGUCUCCCCAACCGAACCACACCGAUGCUGGGCUGAGCAGCCACCCUCACACGGCCUGCCCUGGAGGUGUGGGUCUAGACAGGGUGCAGCGCAGGAAUGGACAGGCUCAGGAGGGUCAGGAUGCCAUGGAAGUGGAUGGGGUUGGGGUCCCGGACCCCCGUGACACCAAGCGCCUGAAGAGGGGUCCCCCUGGCCCCUGCCCCCCUGCUCUGCCCUCAGAGCACAGCUUCGUAGCCAGUGUCCUGGACAGCUGCCACUCCCCUGAGCAGGGACGCUUCGCCCUCGCAUACAGGAAGUGGUUGGACUCUGUUAUUGGUCAGUGAGAUAUAGACUAACUCUGUCAUUGGUCAGUGAGAGGAUAUACUUCCUGUUCCACCGGAGAUGGGCAGCGGUUAGAAGUUGCCCACCUGCACAGCUCUAGCAUCCUCUCACCCUUACACAACCCCUAAACUUAACCAUUAGGGCGAGAACUACUAAGAACUGUCCCUAGAUCAGCGUCUAGUGGCUGGUCAAUUCAUCCUAUUCUUCAAUAGUCGUGAAGGGGGCUGGGGGUCUCUGAUAGGUCAAGUAAUUUGUGGCCCCUCCCAAAAAUGCCUGGACUCUGAUUCAUCCGCAGAGCUUUGUCUGGGAAUGGAUAUCUGAGAAGGGCUAUUCUCUGGAAUAGUACAGUGUGUCACCUUGGCCUGUUUGUCUGUUUGUAGUUCAGGUCUCUCUCAAUGUUAGGGACUAGAACAACCAUUCUGUCAGUCCUUUUAGUUGUUUCACUUAUGAGAUCCAUGUCUCGGUUUCAUUCAUCGUGUCAUUCCUUUUGUUCUCCCACUAACUGUAGAAGAAUAGCCUAUGUGAAGCUGCCAUUGCCAUGGUUAUCCAUCACUAAUCUUGUCGUUUUCUAGUCAGUUCUGCUGACUACUUUGAGAUGAGCAGUGCAGCAAAUAAUGAAUUGUCAACAUACAAAAACAAAGAAGGAAAAACUAGUCAAGCCAAUACUGAUGUGUUGCUACGGACAACCGUACAACUAAAAAACCUUAAGACGGAGCACAAUCAUGAACCAACCAAACUCGUAAGACCCUAUGAUCCGUACAAGUUAGCCGUCAUAGUGUUAUAGUGUGCUCUAAAAUAUGGAGUAUGACUAGAUUCUAAAAUACAAUUUUCACAUUCAUUUAUUCAACAUUAACUACCCCCUUUUAGUUCAUGUUAAGACGUGUUUGGAACAAUAUACUCUUCUAGUACAUCACAUUUCCAGAGUGGGCUCUCUGAUCAUACCUUCAAAUUGAGCAAUGUUAUUAUCACCACCAGCACAUUGAAUGGGAAAUGGAUUCAAAGGGAACGCCCUCUGCUGGUGACUUGCUGAAUGUGCAAUCCUAAAGAAGGGCUGCGAUUGGUUCAUGACCUAUGUCAAUUUCUGUGUAAAAUGAGUCUUAUUAUUAAAAGUACCAGAGAUCCAACUAUGGAAAUGUGAUGUUUGAAGAGUAUAUUGUUAUUUUUUUAUUGUUGAAAAAUCAAUAAGGGUAGUAGUUGAGAUUAAUAUUUUUUAUGUUGAAUAAAUGAAUGUGAAAAUGUGUUUCAGAACACGAAGGACUAUAACGACAUCAAGAUGUCUGUAUCGUGUACGGUUCACAGAUCAUAGGUUCUUACAGGAGGCAUGUAGAAGUCUAAAAAGGGCCUUAUUCAAUUAAAUUUCAACCUGAUUUUCUAUUUAAAAAAAUGGUUUGUUACAAAUGUUAAUAAACAUACUUCCUCCCAGUGGAGUUCCUAUGUGAGACCAAUCUGAGAUACCAAAAAAAAACAUUUCACACACCUGCUGCUGUGGAAUUGCCCUUUAUAGGUUUGAGCUUCAUUGGUGUGUGUCCCACAUGGCACCCUAUUCCCUUCUUCGCGCACUACUACCCAUAUGGCUCUGGUUAAAAGUAGUGCACUAUAUAGAGAAUAGGGUGUCAUUUGGGAGGCACCCUAUUGACUCUCCAGGAGUGGUUGCUGUUUUGUUUCUGUCUGUUCUGUUUCACCCUGUUAGUGGUACUUACUCUUAGUGAUCAAAUCAAACUUUUAUCAGUCACAUGCGCCGAAUACAACAGGUUUAGACCUUACUGUGAAAUGCUUACUUACAAGCCCUUAACCAACAGUGCAGUUCAAGAAAGAGUUAAGAAAAUAUUUACCAAAUAAACUAAAGUAAAAAAUACAAGUAACACAAAAUAACAGUAACGAGGCUAUAUACAGGGUACAGAGUCAAUGAUACCUGGGAUUGUAUUCACAGUGUUAUAUUACGAGUCCUUAAUAUAGGAUCAGUUUGGCCCUUAGAUCAUAAUGAUUUCUAUUACAUGGUCAGCCCAGCCAGUCAAUCAACCUUCGAAAAAAGCGUCUAGACAAUAUUUCCCCAUGCUGCUAGCCUAGCAUUGGUUUGGGUACAGCGGGGUAAUAGCUAAGUCUCGCUGUCUGACUUGUUCAACAUGUUGCAGUUUUUUAGUGAUCUCCACCGUGUCACGCAUAUAUGAACGUGACGAUACUGACAGCUUCUCUGAUCCAGGGCAAAUGGAUUUAUCAUGACUAUUUAAAAUUAAUAUAUCCAAAGAUAUGCCAAUAUAAACAAAGUUGAAACCAAUGAAAGUGCACAUAGUUUAUCAUUUCAGCUGCUUGAUGUGACUGUGUUAGCUUUUGUUGGCUAACAAAGGAGAAGUAACGUUAGCCUAGCUAUCCCAUAAGGAGAAGUAACGUUAGCCUAGCUAUCCCAUAAGGAGAAGUAACGUUAGCCUAGCUAUCCCAUAAGGAGAAGUAACGUUAGCCUAGCUAUCCCAUAAAUAUCUUAUUGACUCGACAAUCAGCUGGUUGUUGCCUAUUUAUAAAAUAUUUAUUAAAACCAUUAUUUAUUGAA